UUAUCUAAAAUUUUUUCAGGGAGCUGGCAACUUCUAGAGACUCUUUCUGUCUUUUGAUUUUUUUUAAAAAAGGGAAGACUUUUCAUGGGUUUCUCGAGACUUUUGACUUGUUAAACUUACGCAUAAUCUCCAUUUCUUCAUCUUCUUUCUCCUUCUUCUCCUUCUUCUUCUUCUUCUUCUUCUUCUUCUUGCAUUGACAGAAGAAUCAUUUCUUGUUCAUUAUUUUGUUUGUUUAGAAUAUUUUUGGGCUCUAUAAUAAAUGGGAUUAGAGAGUCUUCCAAGCCUGCAAAAUUUACAACUUCUGGUUCCUCAUUCGCCACCUUCUUGUCGGAAACCUUUGUGUCCGAGAUCAUAUUCUCUGUCCUCAUUUCGUAGCCUGAGCAGUCCCUCUUUCACCUAUUCAUUAGGUCGUUCAUCGCUUUUUGGUUCAUGUGGUAAUCUUAGAACUUCUGGUUUAAAACGAUCUUGCAGUGCUGAUUCUUAUGAGUUUUUCGAUGAUGAAUCUGCCAAUCAGAUUGAUGAUGAUUUCUCAAAAAAGUUUGAUGUUACAGAUGAAAAAGAUGACGAGAAUAAUAAUGAUGCUGCUUCUUCAGCAGUUUCAGAGAUUUCUAAAGCUUCAACAUGCAAGGAUGGCAAGAAGAUCAGGGAAAAAACUGAUUCUUCAAUGUCGUCUUUGCCUUCAAAGCUUGAAUCUCUUGAGCCUAAUUUUCUUGGAAUCAAACCAGAGCCACCGGAAUGGCCAGAGAGAGAUGAGAUUGUAAAGAUGAGCAUUGUUCGUAAAGCAAACAGUGUUGAAAUCCCUUUAUCAUUGAGAAUGAUUGGCAGGAAACAAAAAUGGCAAGAGGGUUUUGUAGAUGCAGGUGAUUUUGCAUACUGUUCUGUGAAAAAAGCAUUUUCUUCAAUGGUGUUCAUAAUUCGAGAGCUUCAAAAUUAUGCUUUAUCUAUAAGAGGAAGACUCUACAGUGAAGAUUUACAAGCCGUUGUUAAUAAGUUUCAGAAAGAAAUGAAUGCUUCAUUUGUGUGGCUCUUUCAACAAGUAUUCUCUCGAACUCCAAAUCUCAUGGUGUAUGUGAUGCUUCUUUUAGCUAAUUUUACAGUUCAUUCAAUGGUUGGAAAUAUGAACACUUCACCAUCUCGAAGAUUAUAUCAUAAGUUGAUAGCUACACAGGGAGUGAAUUUAGAACAAAUCAGUGAAGAGUUAUCAACUUCAUUGCCUGGAUAUGAAGAAAUGAUUGAGAAAGAAGAGAUGGAGCUGUGGAACUUAGUGGUUGAAGAAGCUGAAAUCAUGAGAGAAGAAUCAAGAUAUGCUGUUCUUGAUCAAGAGAUAAUGAAACAUCUUGUUUCAUCCAUAUCCGUGGAGAUUGAACCAGAGGAUUAUGUUGAGUUUCAUAGAACAGAUCUUCUUUAUCAGAUGGGUGUAGCUGAAGAUCCAAAUAACCAUCUUCUUCUCUCUAAUUAUGCUCAGUUCCUCUGCGUCGUUCGCCAUGACUAUGACAGGGCCGAGGAGUGCUUCAAGCGAGCGAUAAUGUCCGGACCGCCAGACGCAGAAACCUUCAGUCAAUAUGCAGAUUUCUUGUGGUUAGUAAAGAAGGAUUUGUGGAGUGCAGAAGAAGUAUAUCAGCAAGCAAUGGAAGCAGCACCCAACAGCCAUUAUUAUGCUUCAAAAUAUGCUCAUUUCCUUUGGAGAACAGGAGGAGAAGGCACUUGUUUUCCUCUUGAUAGUUAUUACAAUAAGGUUAUGUAAUUUGAAAUAGAGAUGUUUAGUGUCAAUAUGGUGCUGCUCAUCCCCUGCUUCCUCCUUCCAUCUAACAAAAAAAAAAGAUUAUAUAAAAAAUUAUAUAUAUGUGUGUGCACGCGCGAACAAUUGCACACCCAUCAGGAAGAUUUAGCCUGAUUUUAGCUUUAACUUCUAUUCUUUCUUCUGUAGUUGGUGUUUUUCAGCCUGGUUUUUGUAUGCUUUGCUAAGAGAUCACCCAUGGAGUUAUGCAAAAAUCUAUAUGCAUGGAUCAGCUGAUCUAUUUUUGAACUAUCAUAAUGAAAAUUGCUUCUUAUUGUAUAUAUCUAAUUGUUUCAUAGUUCUUUACA